CGUCGGAGGCAGCAGUCUCUCGCGCGGAGCCAGCGGGGCUACAGGCGUCGCGGCGGCGCUCUGCCCGUGGGAAUCGGCGGCGGGAGGAGCCAGGGCCGCCCCGGGGUGCCCGCCUCGCCUAGAAGCCGAGCGAGCGAGCGCCCUUCCUGGUUGGCGCGGGGCGGGCUCGGCUGCGUCUUGCCUUUCCCAGAGGCCCCGCUGCCUGCCGGCCGGCCGCCUCUCUCGGCGCGCGAUGGCUCUGGAGCGCUGGGCAGAGCGGCUGUCCUUCCGCGCUUUCCAGAGCGGGCUCCCCCGGGGAGCUGCGUACGGCUACGGCGGCGGGGAGAGCCCGGAGGGGCUGCGCCGGACGGAGCUCGCCCGGCUGGGAGGAAUUACGUACCUUGACCAUGCAGGAACCGCACUCUUCCCACAGAGUUUACUAAAAGCCUUCACUGAUGACCUCAAUGAAAAUGUUUAUGGAAACCCUCACAGCCAGAAUAUCAGCAGCAAAUUGACAUGUGACACAAUUGAACAUGUCCGAUACAGGAUACUGCAGCACUUCAAUACAUCUGUAGAAGACUACACAGUCAUCUUCACUUCAGGCAGUACAGCGGCACUCAAACUUGUUGCAGAGGCCUUCCCUUGGGUUCCUGAAACAGCAGAGGAGCCUGGCAGCCGCUUUUGCUACCUCACUGAUAGCCACACAUCUGUGGUGGGCAUGAGAGCAAUCGCUGAUGCAAUGAAUGUAUUGUCAGUUCCAGUGAAACCAAAGGAUAUACUGUCGGGGACAGAUGACAUAGUGGCUGGAGGGAACAGCUGCAAAACACCUCACUUGUUCUGCUAUCCUGCUCAGAGCAAUUUUUCAGGGACUAGGUAUCCCCUUGCAUGGAUAGAACAGAUAAAAUCUGGGCAGCUCUGCCCCAUCAAGGUCCAAGGGAAAUGGAGCGUACUCUUGGAUGCAGCGUCUUAUGUCAGCACUUCCCUGUUAGACUUAAGCCUUCAUCAAGCAGACUUUGUGCCUCUGUCAUUCUAUAAGAUGUUUGGAUUCCCCACUGGUCUAGGCGCACUGCUGGUAAAGAAUGAAGCUGCUGCUUGCCUGAGGAAGGUCUAUUUUGGAGGGGGAACUGCAGCUGCCUACCUUGCAGGAGAGGAUUUCUAUUUACCGAAAAAAUCAGUGGCUGAGAGGUUUGAGGAUGGGACUGUUUCUUUCCUUGAUAUUAUUGCACUAAAGCAUGGAUUUGAUGCCUUGGAAAGACUUACAGGUGGAAUGAAGAACAUAGAACAACAUACAUUUGCCUUAGCUCACUACACCUACAGAAUCCUCUCUACGUUAACAUAUCCUAACGGGGCAUCUGUUGUGCAUCUUUACAGUGAUACAGACUUCAGCAGCCCCGAAGUCCAGGGUCCAAUCAUUAAUUUUAAUGUAUUGGAUGAAAAUGGAGAUAUAGUUGGUUAUUCACAGGUAGACAAGUUGGCUGGGCUGUACAACAUACACAUUCGCACAGGCUGUUUCUGUAAUACUGGAGCUUGUCAGCAGCAUUUGGGGAUCAGCAAUAAUGACAUCAAAAAGAACCUGCAGGCUGGGCAUGUCUGUGGUGAUGACAUAGAUGUAGUUGAUGGACGUCCCACUGGGUCUGUGAGAAUCUCCUUUGGCUAUAUGUCUACAUUUGAAGAUGCACAAGCCUUCCUAAAGUUCAUUAUAACCACCAGACUCACUGGCUGCAACAUAGUUAAUAUUCCAUCUCCAACACAGACUAUUUCAGAAUUGGUCGCGUCUCCCAGGGAGAAUGGUCACACCUGUGAUAACAACAGUGCAAAUGAGCUACCUCCGAACAAGAGCAUUGGGGACUCUGGACUUAGUACCUGUUCCACUUCCGUGAACCUGCAGGUCAAUCUACAGCCGGCCAAGAGACAUUCAGAAAGAGACAUGACUGAGGUUUUUGGGAACCCAGCAGAAGACAUGCCAAGUGGUAGAAGGCCAGUCACUGUCACCAACAUUUAUCUCUACCCAAUCAAAUCAUGUGCUGCAUUUGAGGUGAUGCAAUGGCCCAUUGGAAAUAAAGGUUUGCUGUAUGAUCGUAGCUUCAUGGUUGCAAAUCACAAUGGAGUUUGCAUCACUCAAAAGCAGGAACCAAGACUGUGCCUUGUGCAGCCCUUUAUUGACCUGGAGCAAAAUGUGAUGAUCAUCAGAGCAGAAGGGAUGGAUCCCAUUUCUUUAUCCUUGGAAGAAGACAGUGAAAGUCUGACGCAGACCUGCCAGAGUAAAGUCUGCUCACACAGGGUGCAGACACACGAUUGUGGAGGAAGAGUGGCUGAUUGGUUUUCUUCGUUUCUUGGCCGGCAGUGCCGCCUGAUCAGGCAGAGUUCAGACUUCAAAAGAAAUGCUAAUAAGAAAGAUGAAAAAGGAGAGACCUCUGCUGUAAGGGCCUCACUCUCGCUAGUAAAUGAAGCACAAUACCUCCUGAUCAACAGAACAAGUAUUUUACAGCUGAGAGAUAAAGUUGUUGAAAGACUAGGCGAAUCACUUCCCCCGCAGGAACUUGUCCACCGCUUCCGUGCCAACAUUGUAGUCAGCACAGAUGAGCCGUUCGAAGAAGACCUGUGGGAGGAGAUUGCAGUAGGUCCCCUGCGUUUCAAGGUUAUCGGGCCAUGCCACAGGUGUUUGGUUAUCUGCAUUGAUCAAAAAACUGGAGAACGGAACAAGGAAUUUCUUCAGACUCUGGCUGCCACUAAAGACAAAAAAACUAAGUUUGGAAUAUACCUGAUGAAUCAUCCUGAGAUGCAGGUCCACCAUCCAGAUACAUUGUCCGUGGGAUCGCCAGUGCUUGCAGCAGUGAAGAACGUUAUCGCACGUUGACCAUCUGCUGAAGAGCAAACAGGUGGAUGAUUCCUCAGCUAAACCUGCGUAUGGGACAGUCUGGCAGAUUAUUCAUAUGUGUUCUCAACAGCAAAAUGAUCUUCUCCAAUAUUAUGAGUAAAAUGUCAAUCGCCUUUAAACAUUCAGAAAUGACAUGUCACAGCUAAUCAUGUGGAUCACUUUUUGCAACUCUAUGUGCUUGAUAAUUUUUGAUUUCUGCUUUCCAUUCAGGUUCACAAGAGACUUGUUGCAGGGCAGUGAUGCUGACUAGGAAAUUUAAUGUCCUCAGAAUGCCACUUCACGAGUUAGAUUGAUAGUUAAUAACCUCAAAUAGUCAGCUGAUUUAAAUUAAGUAUGGGGUGUGUGCACAGUGUGUGUGGGGGAGAAAUAGUUUUAGAUGCUUGGGAGUCAAGGCUUUAACGUGGAUAGCAAAUUUGCUGCCUUGUUGCAGUGCCUGCUGUUAGCUUCCAGGAUGCACUGCUUGUAAAUAAAACAAAUGCAAGUGGCACCUGCAAAAAAGGACUCUUCCAGACCUGUUUUUUCGCCAAUUAUUUAUAUUGAUUUUCCAUAAUCUUUAACAAAUUGCCACCAAAUUAAUACAAAUUUAAAAGUUGAUUUCCCACCCUCCCCCAAAUGUCCCCUCUAUUUUCCUCCCUUCUUUGCUGCUCCCAAUAAAAUAACUUCUACAACUAUCUCUUCAAAAUACACUCAUCCCUUCUCCCUACACAUCACCUGUCCAAUUACCAAUUUCUGCUAUGGCUUUUAUACAUUGUUAUAACCCAGGCAUCCCCAAACUUCGGCCCUCCAGAUGUUUUGGACUACAAUUCCCAUCAUCCCUGACCACUGGUCCUCUUAGCUAGGGAUCAUGGAAGUUGUAGGCCAAAACAUCUGGAGGGCCGAAAUUUGGGGAGGCCUGUUAUAACCUAUCCUCUUUUAUCUAUCUAUAAUGGUCAUUAAUCAGUUUUGAAACAUUUCCCUCUGAUGCCUCUUGAGUAGCACUUUUGCCUGAUAAUAAUAAUAAUAAUAAUUUAUUAUUUAUACCCCGCCCAUCUCGCUGGGUUUCCCCAGCCACUCUGGGCAGCUUCCAACCGAAUAUUAAAAACAGUACAGCAUCAAACAUUAAAAACUUCCCUAACCAGGGCCGCCUUCAGUUGUCUUCUAAAAGUAAAAUAAUUGCUUAUUGCCUUGACAUCUGCUGGGAGGGCGUUCCACAGGGCGGGUGCCACUACCGAGAAGGCCCUGAAGGAUCUGAAAAACAGAUCUUGCUUCUUCCCAGACAACACACACAUAUUCCUCCUUAACAUGGCCUGCCCCAGUAAUAAACAGAGAGUGAAAAUGAACCCCCCUUGAAUUUUUUGUAUAAAUAUAUAAUAUACAUUCCCCCUCUCACACUGCCAAUCUCCCAGCAUCCCCCAUCCCUUGCAUUUCACCAAUUUUAAUCCGCAAUUUUACAUACAAUCAGCUUCGGGGCUGAUGUAAUCAGGGCCGGCCAGGCUGGGUAGCACAGGGUGCCACAGCGCCGGCCCGCCAGGGGGGAGCCCACCCACCCGCCGCGCUGGGAAACGGGGGGGCGGGGGACCAGAAGGAUCCAUCGCACCACGGCGCCAGGGCACCAGAGGUGCUUAAGACGGCCCUGGAUGUAAUCCCACUUUCUGUUUUUUACCCAGCUUUUGGUCGCUCACCCAGCAGGUGGGCUUUAGCACCAAAUAUAAGCCGGAAUGGAGGGGAAAUUGGCCUGCUUUUGAGCAUCUAAAAAGCAUGUGUUGAUUAUGAGGAGCUGCCAUGAAUUUAUCCAGAACAGAUCAUUCCAAACCAACCUUAUCUCCUUUUUUGAUACCAUUACUACUUUGGUACUGUGCCCUUUCUUUCUUUCUUUCUUUCUUUCUUUCUUUCUUUCUUUCUUUCUUUCUUUCUUUCUUUCUUUCUUUCUUUCCCCUCUCUGUCUUUCAUGCAGCACUGGCCUGUUUUGCUCUUCUUGCUCAUGGCAAGGCUUCACCACCACAAACAUAAUGCAGUACAAGAUUGUGUCUUUGCAGCCCAAGCAUGCAAUCUCUGCAAUCCAGUGCUUGCUAGUUCCACUACGUUCAGCAAGGCUUGCUCCCUGCUUAGUUUGCACAGGACUGCAGCCUGUGUAUGAAGAGUCCUUGUGUGCUGAUCUGUUGCCUCAUAGCAGUGUAGCAAGUUGAUUACCUAAUCUGUGGACAAGCACCAGAUUCCCCCUUGUUGUGCAUAAAGAUUGGUUGUGACACUUCAGCUGAGUGGCACAUUUGACCAAGGCCAAAUGAUUGGCAAGGUGAGCCAAUCACCACAGGCGUCAAGAUCCUGAUGGAGCCGUGAUUUCUGAUGUAGAUCUUCACUGAGCCCUUCUUAACACUGGUGGGGAUGGAAAUGCCAUUUUGUGGUUCACCUCAGGUGUCGAAAUGUAUUGGGCCAGCCCAGAAUCUGACCCAGUGGAAUAGUGAAAUGGAAUGGAGAGAUUUACAUAGCUACAGCCUAGAUGGAAUGCUGGGAAAAUGCCAAGUGGUAAAUUGAGCCGCACUUUUUAUUCAAGUGAAUAACUAUAUUUGUGCACUGUCUGCUUAAACAAAAUAAUUUUGCUGUACAUCAGUCCUGACAAUAAAUGCAAAUUCUGCUUUGCAGAUAUUAUCCAAAUAUUUUUGAAGCUAAAUUAUUUGUCUGAUAUUUGAGAUCUGUAUUUGAUAUCAUGGGAUACUUGAUUCCAAUAUUUUAUAUUUAAUAAUAUUUGAUAGUUAGCAUAUGAUAUAUUAGUAUCUGAAAGCAUUUUAUGGAACACAUUAAAUAGACAUGAAGUGGGACUGGUAUUUUUUUGUAAUACCAGCCAAAACAUUCAAGAGACUAUGAACAAAUCCAACGAACUUAAUUUGGAGAGGAAAUGUCACUCAGAACAAACUAUUCUGUGUUAGAAUUUGCAUUCAUCUUUCUGAAAAGCAGGUUGGAAAUAUUUGCCAAAUUUCAAAUAUUAGAAAAUAUUUGUUUCAGCUAAAAUAUAUAAUUCAUUUUUGUAUGUGUUCAUUUAAUUAAACUGACAUCUCUUAUACA